AUGGGAGUCCUGGCUAAUGUCACCCUUUCUCCUUCACCUUUUUUCCUGACUGGCAUCCCUGGUCUAGAAGCACAGCAUGGCUGGCUCUCCAUCCCCUUCUUUGCCAUGUACAUGGUGGCAAUCAUGGGCAACACCCUGAUCCUGGCAGUAGUGCGAGUGGAUUCCUCUCUACAUGAACCCAUGUACCUAUUCCUGUCCAUGCUGGCCAUCACUGAAGUGGGUGUUUCUGUCUCCACAUUGCCCACUGUAAUGGGCAUCCUCUGGUUUAAUGCCCGUGAGAUAAGCUUGGGAGGCUGCCUGGCUCAGAUGUUCUUUAUCCACACUUUCUCCUGCAUGGAGUCUGGUGUCCUGCUAGCUAUGAGUUAUGAUCGCUUUGUGGCCAUCUACAACCCACUGCGUUAUACAGCCAUUCUGACCCUUCCCCGAAUCGUCAGCAUGGGUUUGGGCAUCACACUGCAGAGUGUGGCAUUCAUGGCCCCACUGCCAUUCCUACUGCAAGGCCUGCCCUUCUGCCAUGCCAAUGUCCUCUCCCAUUCCUACUGCCUCCAUUCAGACCUGAUCCAGCUACCCUGUGCUGACACCACCAUGAACAGCAUCCUGGGCUUGUCCAUCGUCCUGGCUUCCUUUGGACUGGACUCAUUGCUCAUAGUGUUCUCCUAUGCCUUAAUCCUUCGCACCGUACUGGGCAUGGCCUCAAAGGAGGGGAGACUGAAGGCUCUCAACACCUGUGCCUCACACAUCUGUGCUGUACUCCUAUACUAUGUGCCUAUGAUAGGAGUGUCUGUGAUGCACAGAGCUGCCAAGCAUGCCUCGCCCAUCACCCACACUCUCUUGUCCAGUGCCUACCUCUUUGUGCCCCCUGUGCUAAAUCCCAUCAUCUAUAGUGUCAAGACCAAACCCAUCCGCAAGGGAAUACUUUCCCUCAUCUCCCACAAGAGGGUCCUGCCCUGA